GCUGCGAUUGGCGCAGAGGGGAAGGGGCGGGGCCUGGAGCGAUGGCGGCGGCGGCGCUGCGGUCCCGGGGCGGCGGAGCGGUCAUGGCCACGCUGCUGCGGCCCCGGCGCGGCUACAAGAGCACGUUCCUGGCCUCGGAGCUGGAGCUGCAGCGCUCGGCCUCGCCCCGCGCGCCGCCGCCGCCCCAGGAGCUGCUCUUCGGGAAGGUUUUCACCGACCACAUGCUGACGGUGGAGUGGAGCCGCUCGGGGGGCUGGGGGCGCCCCCAAAUCCGCCCCUUCCAGGAGCUGCGGCUGCACCCCGCCGCCUCUGCGCUGCACUACGCCGUGGAGCUCUUUGAGGGGCUCAAGGCUUUUCGGGGCGACGACGACAAAAUUCGGCUUUUCCGCCCCGAACUGAACAUGGAGAGGAUGCAGAGAUCGGCCCGCAGGGUCUGCCUGCCCGAGUUCGACGGGCGGGAGCUGCUGGAGUGCAUCCGGGCGCUGGUGCGGCUGGAGGGGCGGUGGGUGCCCCGCGACCCCCGGAGCAGUCUCUACAUCCGGCCCACCUUCAUCGGCACCGAGCCCACCCUGGGGGUCGCGCCCCCCGGCCGGGCGCUGCUGUUCGUGCUGCUCUGUCCGGUCGGGCCGUACUUCCCGGGGGGCUUCGGGCCCGUCCGGCUCCUGGCGGACCCGCGGCACGUCCGAGCCUGGCCCGGCGGCGCCGGACACUGCAAGCUGGGCGGGAACUACGGGCCGUGCCUGGAGCUGCAGGAGGAGGCGCGCGCCCGUGGGUGCCAGCAGGUGCUGUGGCUGCACGGCCCCGAGCAGCUCCUGACCGAGGUGGGCACCAUGAACCUCUUCGUCUUCUGGGAGCGCCCGGACGGGGGGCUGGAGCUGGUGACGCCCCCCCUGGACGGGCUGAUCCUGCCCGGGGUGACCCGGCAGAGCCUCCUGGAGCUGGCCCGGCAGUGGGGGGAGUUCGGGGUGCGCGAAGCCCCCCUGCCCAUGGGCAGCGUUCUGGGGGCGCUCCGGGCCGGGCGGCUCCGGGAGAUGUUCGGGGCCGGCACCGCCUGCGUCGUCUGCCCCGUGGGGGAGAUCCUCUACCGGGACCAGCUGCUCGCGGUGCCCACCAUGGAGAACGGCCCCGAGGUGGCCACGAGGUUCCUGCGGGAGCUCAGCGACAUCCAGUACGGCCGCGUCCCCAGCCCGUGGGCCACGCCCGUGUGACCCCCCAAAAACUGCGCCGGACACUCCGGGGGGUCCCGGGACCCCCC